UGACGCUGCUUGCGUUUGGGAGCUCUUCGCCUCCCCUGCCUCUGCAGACACAUUGAGAGACACACACAAAAAGGAGAGGAGAGGCCGCGCCGCGCGAGAGGAAUUCCGAGGGAGCGCUCCACCGAGCAGACGCCACCAUGACCGAAACGACCAAGACCCACGUUAUCUUGCUGGCCUGCGGCAGCUUCAACCCCAUCACCAAGGGCCACAUUCAGAUGUUUGAAAGAGCACGAGAUUAUCUACACAAGACAGGAAGGUUCAUCGUCAUUGGUGGAAUAGUCUCCCCGGUACAUGACUCAUAUGGAAAACAGGGUUUGGUUUCCAGCCGACAUCGCCUGGCAAUGUGUCAGCUGGCUGUUCAGUCUUCUGACUGGAUAAGGGUGGACCCCUGGGAAUGUUAUCAGGAUACUUGGCAGACCACCUGCAGCGUACUGGAACAUCACCGGGAUCUGAUGAAACGAGUUACUGGUUGUAUCCUGUCCAAUGUGAACACACCUUCUCUGACCCCAGUGAUUGGACAGCCCCAGAAUGAGACCCCACAGCCUAUUUACCAGAACAGCAACGUUUCCAACAAGCCAACUGCAGCAAAACUUUUGGGGAAGGUGGGAGAAAGCCUUAGCAGAAUUUGCUGUGUUCGUCCCCCAAUGGAGCGUUUCACCUUUGUGGAUGAAAAUGCUAAUUUGGGAACCGUGAUGAGAUAUGAAGAGAUUGAGCUCCGAAUCUUGCUGCUGUGUGGAAGUGAUCUGCUGGAGUCAUUCUGUAUCCCAGGCCUUUGGAAUGAAGCUGAUAUGGAGGUGAUAGUGGGAGACUUUGGCAUUGUUGUUGUGCCACGAGAUGGUGCUGAUACUGAAAGAAUCAUGAACCAUUCCUCUAUACUUCGCAAGUAUAAAAACAAUAUCCUGGUUGUGAAGGACGAUGUGAAUCACCCCAUGGCGAUUGUCAGUUCCACUAAAAGCAGACUGGCCCUUCAGCAUGGCGACGGGCAUGUGGUGGAUUACCUGUGUCAGCCAGUCAUUGAUUACAUCCUCAAGAGCCAGCUGUACCUGAAUGCCUCUGGUUAAGGUUCUGCUGCCAUUGGGCAAAGCUGCCAUGUGGCACCACCUUCCUAUGAUUGUUCAUCACGGUUCUCUUUCUCAUUCUUGUUUCUUUUUCAAUGCCUCUUGCGUGCAUCUGCCUAUUCCACCCUGAUUUUCUCCAGCCCCGGGAAUUGCUGCCUACAGCUAACAGCCAAGUAGAUAUGCCAUCAAGCAACCCUCCUCCCCUCGCAGUUAGGAGGGAAAACAGUAAAAAGUAUCAGGCGCCAUUGCUUAAAGGGUGCGGAUUUGGGUUGCCCUUCCCAGCAUGCACUAGGGGAAACACCUCUACCUACUUUCCCAGCAUGGUUUGGGAAGCAGGAUGACGGCCCUUCUGUUUCCCUUCCUCUCUCCCUCUGUUGGUUAAACAAAUCUCGGUGGGUCUUUUUCUUUUUACUGCCUCCCAUUUGCUUUCUCAACCCCCGCCCCCCAAUUGCCAUCCUUUAGUGACAAUGAGGUGGCAGGCAUAUUAAAAACAGAAAACAAAACACCCACCAGAUAGUUUAGGACAGCAAUAGAAGAAUUUAGCAGUGAACCUAAACAAAAAAGAGAGAGCAGAAAAAUAGAACUGCCCAACUGUAAUGCUUUUCUGCGGUGCAAACAUUUUCUGAAAGGUUGUUGGAGAAAAGGCCUAAAAAGCUCAGAAAGCAAACUUGCCCCAUAUUUAGCAUAUCCCUCCCCCACUCCAUUGUAAAUAGUUAUCUGUUUCAGAAGGAGAGGAUGAAACGAUUUUCUUUUUGUUGCUGUUGUAUACGCUUACGUCUUUUUUUAAAGGGAGCAUUCCUUGAAAGUGGGGAGAGAGCCACAGAGAACUUAUCUCUUGAAUGCUAGUUAGUGAUGUGGCCCUGAAUUGUCUGUCCCUGGUUUUUCAUGUUCCUCAGAAACCCAUUUGGAAUUUAACUACUUGUCAUGGUGUACCAUGGCUAGUUUUAUAAUUGUAGACUACUUCAGUUCGUUAUUUUCUGCUGUCAAGGAAGUAAAUAUAUCUUCCUUGUAGGCAACAAGUGUACGUGGUCCUACAGUCUGGCAGCUUCUUUUCCAUGGCCCUUCUUUCCCUUGAUGGAAGGAAACUGCUGCUCACGUUUACCCUGUAAAUAGAUACUUUAUCCUCUAUGUCAGGCAAACUCUCUCCGAAACAUAACAAAAAAGCUGCCUAAGAACUGGAGUAGAUUAAAUGGUCCGCCAAUGGGGCAGUUGAAUAGAGUGCGGGUGUUAUAAAUACUGAGAGGAUUAGAGAAUAUCAGUGGUGGCAAAUGGCAGCUUCACAGUUAGGAAAACAGGUUGAGGUACCGUAAAGUACAAACUAUCCAACUGCUGUGAUAGACUGGUGUUUAUCCUUCUAGAGCAGAAAGUUAUAUGAGUUCUACUUAGGAAGUAUCUUUGGUUUAGGUUAUAAACUGUCAUUUUACAUAUAAAGAAGCCAAAGCUCAGGAAAGAAAUGCUAAGGAUCCAGCAAAACUCCUAGUUACAAAGCCUGAUGGGGGCUAGCUAAAUGGGGUUUACAAGAAAAUGUGGCAAACGUCACCCAUUGGUCUGUGAGUCUCCAGCAGUUUGGUUGAGUUUCAGUUGAGAGUGUGAUAUUUCUACAAGUAUGGAUUGGCUGGUACUGGUUGGAAAAACAGGAGUGCUUCAGCAGUUGUGGGGGCCUUCUGGUUCCUGCUGUGCUACUUGAUUCUGAUUAUUCUCACCAAUGACCGCUUGAAUUGAAUAUAGGCAAAAGUGUAUCAGCUUUUAGAAUGUCUUGAUAGGUGAAUCCUAGCACUGUUAAGUCAUUACUGUGGGCUGUAGGCUAUAAAUGGGUUUUCAGUGGAAUUUCCACACUACUGGAGAUGGAGCACAUAGA